AAGGCGCUAGGCCCUAACCUACUACCUACCGGCUUCUUUAAGGCAUACAGGCGCCCCCUAGCCAAGCUCCUUAUAGUAAUAGUAACUACAAGCCUCUGGCUAGGGCACUUCCCCGUACAGUUUAAAGUAGUAAAGGUAGUAGUACUACAUAAGCCCGGAAAGACCCUCGAGGCCUACAGGCUGAUAUUACUCUUAAACGCGAUAGGUAAAGUAAUCGAGUCAGUAAUUAGCCGGCGUUUUACUAAAGCUAUAGAGUCGUAA